AUGAAGCAGUGGCCACUGCCUCGUGAACAAGUACUUGCGAUCGACAAGUUCUUUGCCGAUCGCUUAGCUGCGGGCCAUGUGAGGAAAUCAACUUCCCCACAUAGCUCUCCGACUUUCUCUGUGCGAAAAGCCACAGGAGGAUGGCGGAUAUUGCACGCGUUCAACAAACUGAACGCUGCAACGGUACCGUCUCGGACGCCGAUACCAAGGAAGGACGUCAUCAUAGAUGGUACGGCAAAGAGUACCAUCUUUUCGUCCAUGGAUCUGAUCGAUGGAUUCUAUCAACUUCUCAUGCGUGAACGCGGUAUCCCGUACAAGGCAGUGAGCUCCCCCAGUGGUAUUCUCUGGAUGUGA